AUGUUCCCCAUUCCGCCAGCCACAUUCGUGCACCAAUUUCCGUUAUUUCCUGCAACCUGUUGUUCGGAUAGUACCGGAUUCUUUAAGGGCCUAGCACUUCCGGUAUCGCCUCUCACUAUUGCUUCCACCCCAACUGCUUUAACAACCCGGAGAGAUUUUGUUGUUCUCCGGCAGCCUUGGCGCCAGUUGGUGGUCGCUCUCUCGCUUUCCUUUCGAACACCCGGAAUGUUGCUUUCCUGUUUGUUUGAUCAACCAACCUGGGGUGGUGUUGCGUUCCUCCGUGCGUGGCGUGUGCGGUGUUGCUGUUUUCAGGACUGCACAGUCAGUUUGCGCGUUUAG